UUGAGGCUGAAAAAACUUUUACUUCAGCAUGACAACCAAAGCGUUUUGGCUCUUCUGCUUUCUCAUUAGAUCAUCUUGCAGCUCAGUGGCCGGAUCCCUGCCCUAUGCUGGGAAACCCAUUCAGACUCUCAAAGAUGCUUACAGUUCAGCUGACUCCACACCUGGCCAAGUCAAACUCCCAGCCUGGGGCACCAGCAGCACUGGGGAGAAUCACACUGAACACUGGCUUCUGUCCCACAUGAAUACGCAGUGGCCAAAACCGCCCGAAAUCCUCUCCCUCGCACCAGACAAAAAGAAACACCCCAAGUCUUCUCUAGAAAACAAUACAGGGCUGAGGAAGCACCUCAGGCAGUACGGAGGGGGCUUGACUCUGGAGAACCCUACGGAGGGGCCCUCUCUUACCUCCCUGGACUUCAAGCACGCAAACAGAAAGCAUACGGACAGGCGGCUGGCAGAGGCUGCUAACAGCGUGUCGGCUCAUUUCCAUCACGCAGGAUCUUCCUACGAAAAGAUCAGAUCCUUAGCAGAGGCACAUCCUUUCCCAGAGCCUGGAGCAGCAGAGUCAGAUGAUCCCAACCUGCUGCAUUCCUUCAACCGACCAGGCAAGACAAACCCCUAUAAGUACAUCGAUCCCUUAAAGAUCACCAAACCCUCCUGGGUCACCAACCGCCAGUCACCCAGCUUGCUGUAUCACUUCAGUGCGCUAAAGAAAGAUGCCGAUAAGGAGGAGGCAUGUCUGAGCGAGUGCAGGAAAGAGAGAGACGAAGUGGAGGCCUACUGCACGAGUGAAUUUGCAGUGAACGGAAUUGUUUAUAACGUGGAAAGACUGGGGAAUGGAGUCCAGUUGAUUACUCUUUUGGUAAACAGCGAUGGAUUAUACAAGAUGAGUCGCCUGUAUAUUACUCCUGACGGUUUCUUCUUCCGGGUUCACAUUCUAGUUGUGGAUACUUUAAACUGCAGUAAACCAUGCCCAGACUUUAAACUUGGCAGUAGAUACAUCGUGAUGGGUCAGAUCUACCACAAGAGACGACAGAUCCCAGCAAGCCUGCUGCAGUUCCUGCAAGGGCGCCUGAGGCCAGGGGAUGGAUUGCUAAGGAGUAGCAGCAGCUACGUGAAAAGAUUCAACAGGAAGAGAAAUCGCAAAGUGCAAGGGGCUCACACUAAAUGUGGAUAAGGCUGCGGUAACCUCCUUUUAGGACACAAGCAGUGGUAGAAUUCAGCCACCAGAAUAAACCUGGUUUAGCAACAGCAAGAGGUAGCUCUGCUUACACCUGACACCAUGACAGGCAAUUAUUUUUGUGCUUUAGCAGACUCCGAAUGUUCUUGACUAGGUACCUAUAUAUUGUGAAAUACAGCACAAAAAGCGUAAAGAACAUGAACUGAUCAUGAAUUUUCUCUAGCUGUUUUCAGAACCACAGGCUACUAUCGCCUCCUCCACUAUAAUGUAUUCCUAAUAACCUGUAGUCAUUAUAAAGUGAAAUUCUGGAGGCAUUCUUCUAGGUUCACAAAAAGUAACUGAACUUUGGAAGCCUUAACCCUGAAAAGUGUUAGAUAACACCAUAGCUUUACCUAGAGAAUGUCAACUGCACCUUCACACAACUCUGCUUAAAGCACUCUAUGCAUUUACUUCAAAGGAACCAUUCCUAUUGAUUUGGUUUCCUCAAACAUAUCCGCAGUUCUGAUAAAACUUGCACCAUUUUUCAAGUGGAGCUGGAUUUUCAUAUAAAGCACACAAAAUAGCUAUGCAAUUACUCAAGUAUAUGAAUUCACUAACUGAAAGCAAGUCAAGUAACUGCAUAACAUAAAUGCCCAAUUAGGCUUACAAGUAACUGCAUAAAUUGAUGCCAAGGAAUGCAAAAUAAGCAUGCAAUUGCAUGGCCAUUUUGCAUGCCUGGUUACACUGUUAGUGCCUUAAACUUCAGUUCUAGAACUGUGUACUGAAUGUAAUUUUACUGUGAGAAAUAUUAUAAAGUUUGUACUUGCACAUCAGUAAAGUUACUUUUAAGAUACAA